UUAGGAUAAUCAUAACAUUCAUAACAGUUGUUAAUACGACUAAUUACUAAUACUUUUUGGUAAAAUAAAAAUUUAAGACGUAUUUCAAUAUUAUUUAAUAUAAUUAUUAUUAUCGCUUAUUAAAUUAAUUAAUAAAUUAUGAAUCCAAAAACGGUAGUUGUCACUGGUUUUGGACUUUUUCGAGACUAUAAAGUAAAUGCAAGUUGGGAGGUUGCUCGAGUAUUACCUGAAACUGGCAUCACUGAUGAAUUAAAUAUAAAUUUGGUCACAGCCAAUAUUCCCGUGUCUUACAAAGAUGUUGAUCAGAUUGUGCCGGCACUCUGGGUCCAACAUGAACCUGCUCUAAUGGUUCAUUUGGGUGUAUCACACUUGGCUAAAACAUUGACUGUUGAGUUAGUUGCUAAUGGGCAUGGUUAUUGUAGCGUGGAUAUAUACGGAAAUGGUCCGGAUGAUAAGUGUUUGGUUAAUAAUGUAAUCGAAACGGGCUUGAAAAUGGAAUGUACUGAUGAAUUAGAUAUAUGCACAUCUCGAGAUGCUGGAAGGUAUUUGUGCGAAUACAUUUAUUUUAAAUCUCUAUGUAUUAAUAAAAAUCAAACUAUAUUUAUUCAUGUACCACAAUUGGAUCAAGAUAACACAGCUCAUAAACUAGCAGAAAAACUUAAAUGUGUUAUUAAAAAAUUACUAGAACAGAUUACAGAAUGAUUUGAUAAAAUACCAAGUAAUUUAAUAUUUAUAUAUCUAAUUGUGAUAAUUGUUCCGUUAUU